UUGUUGGAAAUACGACUAAAAGAGCGACGAGGCGAAGAAGUGUGUGGUGUUGACGCCUAUGUUACAUGUAAGAUGGCGGCCGGAGAAAACACUGGCAGGCCUCCUUGCCUCAACUUCGCCUGUCCGGGCCCGCUGGGUAACAGCCAGCCCAGCAACAGCGUCUUCUCCAUGCCGGCUUCCAACGGCGGCUCGGGCGGGGGAGCGCAGGGAGCUACCCGGCGCCAGAACCCCCAGCUGGGGCCCGGCGGCGCGGAGGCUAACGGCGCUUCGAGCACCGGAGCUCCGCUGCCCGCGCAGGCCUCCUCGCAGCCGUCCGGGGGGGCAGGUGCCGCGGCCACGGGAGGCAUGGCCACCCCGGCCUCCAACAUGGCGACUAUCGCGCCGUCGAACGCCCCCGCGGCCCCCUCCGCUACACCGGCGGCGGCGUCCGUGCUGGUGUACCGGGAGCCGGUGUACAACUGGCAGGCGACGAAGAGCACCGUGAAGGAGAGGUUCGCCUUUCUCUUCAACAACGAAGUGCUGAGCGACGUGCACUUCUUGGUGGGCAAAGGCAUGGGCGUGCAGAGGAUACCUGCACACAGGUUCGUCCUGGCCGUGGGAAGUGCUGUGUUUGACGCCAUGUUUAACGGCGGGAUGGCGACGACGUCGACGGAAAUCGAGCUCCCUGACGUGGAAGCAGCUGCCUUUUUGGCUUUGCUCAAGUUUCUGUACUCUGACGAAGUUCAGAUCGGGCCAGAGACCGUCAUGACCACGCUGUACACCGCCAAGAAGUAUGCGGUGCCGGCCCUGGAGGCGCACUGUGUGGAGUUCCUCAAGAAGAACCUGAGGGCAGACAACGCCUUCAUGCUGCUCACACAGGCGCGCUUGUUCGACGAGCCUCAACUGGCCAGCCUCUGCCUGGAAAACAUCGAUAAGAACACCGGAGACGCUCUCGCCGCCGAGGGCUUCACCGACAUCGACCUUGACACGCUGAUGGCCGUGUUGGAGAGGGACACCCUCGGCGUGCGGGAGGUGCGUUUGUUUGGCGCCGCUGUGCGUUGGGCUGAGGCGGAGGCCCACAGGCAGCAGCUGCAGCCCACCCCGGAGAACAAGCGCAAAGUGCUGGGCAAGGCCCUCACUCUCAUCCGCUUCCCUCUCAUGACCAUCGAAGAGUUUGCGGCAGUGCCAGCCCAGUCCAGUAUUUUGACCGACCGAGAGGUGGUGAGCCUCUUCCUCCACUUCACGGUCAACCCCAAGCCGCGUGUGGACUUCAUCGACCGGCCUCGCUGCUGCCUGCGCGGCAAGGAGUGCAGCAUCACCCGCUUUGGACAGGUGGAGAGUCGCUGGGGCUACAGCGGGACGAGCGACCGCAUACGGUUCUCAGUCAACAGAAGGAUUUUUGUGGUCGGGUUCGGCCUGUACGGCUCAAUACACGGACCCACAGACUACCAAGUCAACAUACAGAUUAUUCACACAGACAGCAACACGGUACUGGGCCAGAACGAAACAGGCUUCAGCUGCGACGGUUCCGCCAACACCUUCCGAGUCAUGUUCAAGGAGCCGGUGGAGAUUCUGCCCAACGUCAACUACACGGCCUGUGCCACACUCAAGGGCCCAGACUCCCAUUACGGCACCAAGGGCAUGCGCAAGGUCACGCACGAGUCCUCCACCACGGGCACCAAGACCUGCUUCACCUUCUGCUACGCGGCGGGCAACAACAACGGCACCUCAGUGGAGGACGGACAGAUUCCCGAGGUCAUCUUCUACACAUAGUCCGCUCAGUCUUUUCAGCGUCUGUCCUGGUCCAUCAAAGGUGAGCACCUGGAAGCAGCUCCAGGGCAGGUAGGUAAGACUGUCCUCACGUGGGAAGCGAACUAGCCACCACGCUCACUUACUUACCCUCUUUGACACAAAAUGGUGUGACUGUCCAAGGAAGUCAAACUGCUGAGCAAGUUCAUCAAAGACAUGAGUGGUUUAGCUGGGACUUCCAUGGAUUCGACUGUUUGCUGUUGUGUCUUCACUCGGCCAAAAGACCUUGCACUAUUUAAACCUUACUUUCCAGCUUUGCUGUAAAUAUGCGGGCCCCCACCUAGAUGACACUUGACUGCAGUCACCAUUUGCAAUUUAUUUUUCAGCCCGUGUUCAGCAGACGUCAGUACAAAAAUAAAACCACCGUCAAUUGAGAUUGACUCAUAAAUUAUUAGGUGACAAGAGUUAAUAUUUCUGUCUCAACACUGAAAUUUGUUGAGUUUAUUUUGGAAAAAAAAAAGUGUUUUUUGGGGGGGAGGUCAGGUUUUGUAUAUGAAGUGACAUUUACUAACAUAAUGUAUGCAAGUUGAAGACUUGAAUAAAGAGUGAGGAGAA